GUUUAUGGUCGAUUACUUUGUGUUCUGUUCGUUCGUUGUCGUUAUGGACGAUGGUGAGCGAGAGCACGCACAGACCUGGCUGCUAGCUGAGGACAACGCCCGCAUCGUUCUGCUCACUUUCUCUUCUCUCGCCCUCGCUGUUGCCUCCAUCCUCCUCUGGCGGGCAAAGCACGUGGAGAUUCCCGUGAACAACCACGGACCCGACCCACAGCAAGCUCAUUCUGCUCAAUCCAUAAUCACCGCCGCUCUCUCCACCUUUCAUAUUGCCAGUAACACUCCUGGUGAGUACGAUAUGACCGAACCAGAACAACCGAGCACCCCGGAAGCAUCCACAUCGGCCGACGCAGACCAGAAAGCCUCUCGGUCCAAGGAGCGACGCAGGAGAGGAAAAGUCCCUUUUAAGGAGCUUCUCAAGGGCGGGAAGAAGACAAAGGUCUCAUCCAAGGCCAACCAGCCCAGAACAUCCGCUCACCAAGAUAACAGCGGUAGUGAUUCUCCGGCGUUCGAGACAGAGUCCAAGUCGACCACAAACAACAAUAAUAUCGCGCCAGUCGCGCCAUCCACUUCUCGUUUACCUUCACCAACUCCAGAUCACCUUGAAGAGAAUCUGGAAUCCCAUUUGGGCGUAGAAUCACCGCCAGCGGUUGAAUCCCACGAGGACCAUUUGCUACCUACUUGCAUGUCAGCAUCCAGUUCUGAGCCAGCAUCGGUUUCGCGUCACGUCACAUCCCAUAACUCCACCAUGCGUACUUCACGCUCUGAGCACAUGCAUCCUCAUGACACCGCUGACAACAUACAACAUGCUGGCAGCCCCUGUCACGACGAUCCCGCUCCCUCCAUACCAGGAUCAUCUUCCCCAUCCACCUCCACAGAAGACAAUGAUAGCCGUGAACACUCAUCUUCAUUCACUUCGUGCCCUCAAUCUCAGUCCAUGCCACUCCACGUAUCUACAUCUACCCACGCGUUGGAUUGGGAUGGACAAUCACAGGCAUACAGGACAGGCGCUCACACCAUGCCUCCACGAUUGAUGGCCAAGCAACGUGGAACUGACAAGUCCAAUGGGAGUUGCGCUAUUUCAGCCUCUAUCUCGCACAACACCCCCUUGGCAUCGUCAUCAGCCUCUCACUGCGUUCCUCCCGCCCGAAUUACGUUACCCAACUCUGCAUCCGUAUCCAGUUCCCCGUUACACAUAAAUCUGGGAUCCAGUAAUGAACCGUCAUCAUCUCCCUCCGGCUCCCCACAACUUGCUCCUGCACCAACACUUCCACAUAUUACAUUCCCAACUUUGAAUCCACUUCAAGCGUCUCCUAAUGAUCACACACAUACCCACUCGAGCACAAUUGAAAGCCCCAUCAUGAAUGGAAAGAAAGCCGCAGGUCCCUCAAUACCAACUGCUUCGCGGGGCUCAACGCCCCCACCAGGAGUAACUAUUCAUACUGGACAUAUAUGCUCGCCUACUGGCCCCUUGAGUGCUCAAACACAGCUCGCGUCCAUGCGUGGUGCACUUGAGGCUGCGAGACUACGAGAAGAGAAGGCUCGCGCAGAGGCUGAACGCGUGGUGAAGGAAAAUGAAGAGCUAAAGUGGCGAUGGAAUGAGGAUACGAUGGCUUGGAGGAGGAGAGAAGGCGAGCUACAAGCCCAAGCCCAUCAUCUCAUGCAGCAGCUCCAGGCAGCAUAUUCUGUCCUUGCGACUUUGCAAUCCCAGGCUCAAGCCCAAUCUCCCUCAUCAUCCUUCUCCUCACCCACGUCUCCAUCCUCACGCCUGCAUCCUCAGAGUCCCAAUCUCUCUCACAACGGCCUUCCCCAAAAUCUCUCUCACAAUCCUCCCGCACACGUCCAGGCACUCCUUGCAUCAUCCUACCACCCAUACCCCGGGUUUCCGGUUGCUUACGGAGGUGCAGGAGUGUCACCCUUGUUUUAUACUGGUCUGAGAAUGACAAUGAGUCCGGGAAGCAGUGUGAGGAAUGGCGGAGGAAAAGGCCAAUAUACCCCUGAUACGUCUUCCUCGGCGGGGUCAUCGCCAUCGCGCGGAAGGCGACGCCGCCGUGGUUCAGAGUCUUCGUCUGCUCAGGAGAAUAAUAGCGAAGACAUGAGCAUCAGCGAAGUAGAGGAAGACCAAGAGGACGCAUGGCAAAAUAGUAUACUGGCCGAUGCGAUUUUAAAGCGCCCUGAAAGCUUGCGUGUGCCCAGUCGAGGGAGUCUUCGAUCUGACGGACGCAUGAGUGCUAUGGGGAGCGUGCCGAGUGGGAAAGAGGACGUAGGCCGUGUGCCUAGCAGGAUGAGCGAGAGAUCAGAUGCUUCUGCGAGCGGAGGCAGUUAUGGGGUGCUGAGUAUGUCUAGCUUGUCAUGGGGUAAGAGCGAGGAUGAGACGACUGGUGCUGUCGCGGAGGGCGAUUCUACUCUGGCAGAAGCGGCCCGAGAUACGAAAGCUGGCAGCGAUGGAACGAUAUAUCUCGACGCACCUACGCAAAACAGCUCAUUCUGCGACCCAUCAGCUCCUGUUCCUGCGAAAGACGUUCAAUAACCUCCAGAGGUCGGAUUUUGACUUAUAGCGUAUUGUAUCCCUUCCUCUGAACCCCCACGUUUCUUCCACCACUUUCGUUACUUCCAUACGAUACGAUUGAUCCACGGGGACUUGCAAUUUUGGAUGUCGAGUCUGUAUAAUGAGGUAUAUUUUCAGAUCAUUGUCAUAAUACACGUUUCGUGGUUGAUGCUUCCGUUGGCAUCUGAAACAGCCUUGAGGUCACUUGCGUUGAAGUGCCGGUUGGCUGCCCCCAGACCACACCCAG